AUGGCAUACCAGAACGGCGUGCCCCAGUCGCGCCGCUCGCCUCUUCCACAGGCCCGUGCGCUGCCACAAGUGCAACAACCCACCAACCAGAUGGCUUACGGUGCACAAUACGCUGCUCCCAUGGGCUACGGCAUGAACCUCGCCUCCAACCAAGGCCCUGUAGGAUACGGCUUCAGUGCUGCUGGUCAAGGUGGAUUCGCUCAAAGUCAAGCCUACGCACAGCAAGCUUCCGCUGCUCACCACUACCAAGCGCCUCCUCAUCUUCAGGCACAGAUCUACCAAGCUGCCAUUGCCGCACAGGCACAGGCUCCCCCCUCCCAACUACAGCAUCCCGCCAUGUCUCAAGCUGCUCAGCUUCAACAGCAGCAGAUCGCCGCUUCUCAACAACAGCAGCAGAUCGUUGCUUCUCAACAACAGCAGCAAGCUCUUCAAGCUCCUUACCAAUCACGCGCUCAAAGUGCUUCCCCCAUCAACAGAUCCCCCUCUCCCUCUGCUCGUCCAAUCAACGCUGCUCCGAGAUCUCCGCAAUACGCUCAAGCGCAAACCUACUCCCAGCAACAGCAACAGCAACAACAACAACAACAGCAACAACAACAGCAACAGCAACAACAGCAACAACAGCAACAACAACCGCAGCAAUAUUACCAACAGCAGCAGCAAUACUCUCAAGCCGGCGGCUCCACCUCCCCAAACCCCACCAACGAAAAACCAGCCGACUAUGUCUACUUUGAACGUUGCACCAACGGGAUGCAAAAAUCCACCAUCGAAGCAGCCACGGGUGCCAAGCUCAAACUGGAAAACUUCUACAAGGUCUACGUAGAACAGGCUGUAGAACGUAUCAAGCGUGCUGCUGAGCUCGAAGAUCGUCUGAGCAACCCUGCUGACGGAGUUCAUCUCUCGGACGAGCGUAAAGCACGUCAGCUUGCACAACUUGGUCGGAGAGAGUCGAAUUUCCUACGGCUCAGAAGAACUCGAUUGGGUUUGGACGACUUCCGUACUGUCAAAGUGAUUGGUAAAGGCGCAUUUGGUGAAGUUCGAUUGGUGCAGAAAACCGAUACUGGCAAAAUCUACGCCAUGAAAACCUUACGAAAGAGCGAAAUGUUUAAGAAGGAUCAACUGGCACAUGUUCGUGCCGAAAGGGAUGUUCUUGCCGAGAGUAACUCGCCUUGGGUAGUGCAGCUGUUCUACUCUUUCCAAGACACGGCUUACUUGUAUCUCUUGAUGGAGUUUUUACCCGGUGGAGAUUUGAUGACAAUGUUGAUCAAGUACGAUACCUUUUCCGAGGAUGUUACGAGGUUUUAUAUGGCCGAAUGUGUCUUGGCUUUGGAAGGCAUUCACAAGUUGGGCUUUAUUCAUCGAGAUAUCAAACCCGACAACAUCCUCAUUGAUGCCAAAGGACACAUCAAGCUUUCUGAUUUCGGUCUUUCCACUGGAUUCUAUAAGCAGCAUGAUUCGGCCUACUAUCAGCGUCUGUUCGAAGGCACUUCAGCUCAAAACCCAGCUCAAACCGGAAGGAACUCGGUGGCGGUCAACUCGAUCAACCUCACACUCUCUUCCAAAGACACAAUCGCUACCUGGAAAGCUAACCGUCGUAAACUGGCUUACUCCACCGUUGGAACGCCGGACUACAUCGCACCGGAGAUCUUCCUGCAGCAGGGAUAUGGCAAUGAAUGUGAUUGGUGGUCUCUGGGAGCUAUCAUGUUCGAAUGUUUAUGUGGCUAUCCACCUUUCUGUUCGGAAAACGCACACGAUACAUAUCGCAAGAUCUUAGCUUGGAGGGAAACACUUCAAUUCCCAGAUGACAUCCAUCUUAGUCCCGAAGCAGAAGAUAUGAUUAGAAGGUUGAUUACAGCUCCAGAGGAUAGAUUGGGCACCAACUCGGCCAGCGAGAUCAAAGAGCAUCCUUUCUUUGCCGGUGUUGAUUGGUCUAGUAUCAGGCAGAUCGAUGCACCAUUUAUUCCACAGUUGAAAAGUGUUACUGAUACGAGUUAUUUCCCUACAGAGGAUUAUCAGGAUGUUCCUGAAACUCCGCAGGGUGCAGAUGUGGGAGUCGGAAGUAAGGACUUGGCCUUUUUGGGUUAUACCUAUAGACGCUAUGAGAGUAAUGAGACUAGUCUCUAG